ACGUCUCAUCCAAAUUCCAAACAUUGUCUCAUCAUUUUCUCUUUAUAUUUAAAAAAUUAUUAUUUUGUUUACCUUAAAAAAAAAUUAUUAUUUUUAUAACCAAAAUGGAAUCUUUUUUUUUUUUUGGGUGGAAAAAAAAGGAAAUUAUGCUUAAAUGGGAAAAUUCAAAAUUGAGGGAUCGUAUAUAUUUCUGGGAUUUAAUAUCUGUUGGAAAUGAUGGCAUCGUCAUCUUCCACAGCAAAAAAAGGCCACUUCUGAAACCUGAGACUCAGAAUCAAAAGUGAGAAGCCAUGGCAGUGAGAAUAAACUGCUCCAUACAGAACACACUCUGCCUCCUUAACCCUUCUCGGCUUUCCCUCCAUUCCAGAGCUUCUCGCCUCCAGCUGAAGCCCCAAUUGCAUUUCUCUCUAAACCCAUCUCGAAGAGCUUCGUUCUGCACCUGUGCCAGCACCAAUAUCACACCCUCAAAUGAUGAACCCUUUGUCCUCACGACCCCUCUCUACUACGUCAAUGCCCCUCCCCAUAUGGGUAGCGCUUACACUACCAUCGCCGCCGAUGCCAUUGCACGGUUCCAGCGGCUAUUGGGAAAGAAAGUUAUAUUUAUUACUGGCACGGAUGAGCAUGGGGAGAAAAUUGCAACUGCAGCCAUGGCCCAGGGUUCCACCCCUUAUGAUCAUUGCAAUCUCAUAUCACAAGCUUACAAGACGCUUUGGAAAGAUUUAGAUAUUUCUUAUGACAAGUUCAUUAGAACAACUGAUAGCAAGCAUGAAUCAAUUGUGAAGGAAUUUUAUUCCAGAGUGCUUGCCAAUGGUGACAUUUACCGAGCUGAUUAUGAGGGACUUUAUUGUGUAAACUGUGAGGAAUAUAAGGAUGAGAAGGAGCUACUUGAUAAUAAUUGUUGUCCAAUGCACCUAAAGCCUUGUGUUUCAAGGAAAGAGGACAAUUACUUUUUUGCACUGUCAAAAUAUCAAAAGUCCUUGGAGGAAACUUUGACUAAAAAUCCAAAUUUUGUGCAGCCAUCUUUCCGUUUAAAUGAGGUUCAAAGCUGGAUCAAAAGUGGCCUGAGGGACUUUUCCAUUUCCCGAGCAUCAGUUGAUUGGGGCAUCCCUCUUCCUAAUGACAAGACUCAAACUAUAUAUGUAUGGUUUGAUGCUUUACUAGGCUAUAUAUCAGCACUAUCUGAUGACCGGGAGCAGCCUGAUUUAUUAAAUGCGGUUUCUUCAGGUUGGCCACCUUCAUUGCACUUGAUUGGUAAGGAUAUUCUUCGCUUCCAUGCUGUUUAUUGGCCAGCUAUGCUAAUGUCUGCUGGACUAAGCCUUCCUAAAAUGGUAUUUGGCCAUGGAUUCUUGACAAAGGAUGGCAUGAAGAUGGGCAAGUCACUAGGGAAUACGCUUGAACCAAAUGAUUUGGUUAAUAAAUUUGGGACAGAUGCAGUUAGAUACUUCUUCCUCAGAGAGGUGGAAUUUGGCAAUGAUGGGGACUAUUCAGAGGAACGCUUCAUAAAUAUUGUUAAUGCACAUCUUGCCAAUACAAUUGGAAAUCUUCUGAAUCGUACACUAGGACUUCUAAAAAAGAACUGCCAAUCAACUCUGGUGGAGGAUUCCAGUACAGCUGCAGAAGGAAAUACAUUCAAGGACAAUGUCGACAGGCUGGUUGAAAAAGCUCGUAUUCACUAUGAAAAUCUCUCCCUCUCAUCGGCUUGUGAGGCUGUUCUGGAGAUUGGUAAUGUUGGCAAUUCCUAUAUGGAUGAGCAUGCCCCAUGGUCUCUUUUCAAGCAAGGGGGUACUGCUUCUGAAACAGCUGCUAAGGACCUUGUAAUUAUAUUAGAGACAGUGAGAAUUAUUGCAAUUGCUUUAUGUCCUGUUACUCCGAGCUUGAGUUGGAGAAUAUAUGCACAACUUGGCUAUUCCAGGGACCAAUUUGAGGCAGCAACCUGGAGAGACACAAAGUGGGGUGGGCUUAAGGGUGGCCAGGUCAUGGCUCAACCUAAACCAGUGUUUGCUAGGAUUGAAAACCUAACUGAAGUGGAAGACAAGGGAGUUGCAGUGGGAAAUGGAAAGACUGUGAAAAGUAAAGGGAAGUUGAAACAAGCUCAAGAAGUCGCUGGUGCUUAGAUGCUUUUCCCUUUUCGGAAUUCUUUUUGUUUUCACCAACAUAGCCUCCUCUAAAACUAAUUAUUUUGCUAAUAUAUACACAUAAAUAUUUAGAUACAUACAUGUGCACGAUGCAUCUGUAUGUGUAUAAAUUUUGAAUGGAGAUUUCUAUUUCUGAUUUUGGAAAUGAAGUUAGUGGUUUGUUU